GGGACUGGUAGGGCAAAGGCUUGGGGGGCCAGAGGCGGCGGGGCCAGAGCCCCGGGCUCCGGCCAUGAAGGCCCGGCAGAAAGGGAAGAAGAAGGGCAGCUCGAAGGAACGGGUGUUCGGAUGUGACCUGCAGGAGCACCUGCAGCACUCGGGCCAGGAGGUGCCUCAGGUGCUACGGAGCUGUGCAGAGUUUGUGGAAGAGUAUGGAGUGGUGGAUGGGAUCUAUCGCCUCUCAGGGGUCUCCUCCAACAUCCAGAAGCUCCGGCAGGAGUUCGAGGCAGAGCCGAAGCCAGACCUGCGCCGGGAUGUUUACCUCCAGGACAUUCACUGCGUCUCCUCCCUGUGCAAGGCCUAUUUCAGAGAACUGCCGGACCCCCUGCUCACAUACCGGCUCUAUGACAAGUUUGCUGAGGCUGUGGCAGUGCAGAUGGAGCCUGAGCGCUUGGUCAAGAUCCUAGAGGUGCUUCGAGAGCUCCCUGUGCCAAACUACAGGACCCUGGAGUUCCUUAUGCGGCACUUGGUGCACAUGGCCUCGUUCCGCACUGAGACCAACAUGCAUGCCCGCAACCUGGCCAUUGUGUGGGCCCCUAAUCUUCUCAGGUCUAAGGACAUAGAGGCCUCGGGCUUCAACGGAACAGCAGCCUUCAUGGAGGUGCGUGUGCAGUCCAUCGUUGUCGAAUUCAUCCUCACACAUGUGGACCAGCUCUUCGGGGGCGCUGCCCUCUCUGGUGGUGAAGGGGAGGGCGGAUGGCGCUCACUUCCAGGGAUCCGGGCAUCAAACAGCCUUGAGGACUCUAUGCCCAGGUCCCUGCCCUACCACCUGCCUAGCAUCUUGCAGGCUGGUGAUGGCCCCCCGCAGAUCCGGCCCUACCACACUAUCAUUGAGAUUGCUGAGCACAAGCGGAAGGGGUCUCUGAAGGUGAGGAAAUGGAGAUCCAUCUUCAACCUGGGUCGCUCUGGCCAUGAGACGAAGCGGAAACUGCCCCGAGGGGGUGAGGACAGGGAGGACAAGUCUGUUAAGGGGACACUGCGGCCAGCCAAGAGCAUGGACUCACUGAGUGCUGCGCCAGGGGCUAGUGAUGAAGCAGAGCCAUUGAUAGGAACCAGCUGUCCCCGACCUAGCCCACUACUGCCCGAGAGCCUGGAGAACGAUUCUGUGGAGGCGGCAGCAGAGGGCGAGCAGGAGCUGGAGACAGAGGCGCUGGGUGGCACGAACUCUGAGCCAGGCACCCCUCGAGUUGGGCGGUCAGCAGCCCGGGCUGGUGGCACCAGCCGGGCAGAGCGCUGUGCCGGGGUCCACAUCUCAGACCCCUACAAUGUCAACCUCCCAUUACACAUCACUUCUAUCCUCAAUGUGCCCCCAAACAUCAUCUCCAACGUCUCCUUGGCCAGGCUCACUCGUGGCCUUGAGUGCCCUGCCCUACAGCCCCGGCCAAGUGUUGCCUUGGGCCCUGGGCCUGGGCCCGGGCCUGGCCCCCCAGAUGAGAAGUCGGAAGCAAGUCCAGGCCCAAGUCCCUUGGCUGACUCCGGCCCAGCGGACGGGGCCCCCGCCCUGGAGGACUGUCUGUCCCAGGAGGUGCAAGAUUCCUUCUCCUUCCUAGAGGACUCAAGCAGCUCGGAGCCUGAGUGGGUCGGGGCCGAGGAGGGAGAGGUGGCCAAGGCAGCAGCGGCUUUCUCUCCUGGGGAGGAUGACCCUGGAAUGAGCUAUCUGGAGGCGCUCCUGGGAGCUGGGCCUCAGGUGGAGGAGUUCUCCGUGGAGCCUCCCUUGGAUGACCUUUCCCUGGAAGAGGCGCAGUUUGUCCUGGCGCCCAGCUGCUGCUCCCUGGACUUUGCGGGCUCCCGGCCUGAAGCUGAGGAGGAAAGUGGGGAGGAAGUCUUCCUGAGUGCCUAUGAUGACCUAAGUCCCCUGCUGGAGCCCACCCCCCCAACCUGGGGCGGUCUCGGGACUCUGGAGGAAGAGGCGGCACGGUGUGGACAGCAGGUUUCAGGGCAGGCGGCAGGAGAGCAGACAGGCUGGGAAGUUGGAGAUGACAAGGUGGCUGAACCCAUCGGUAGCUUGGACCUCAGGGAAGAGGCUGAGGGGAGUCCAGAGAGGGAGGUAGAGCCCGGAGAGUCUGGUGAGACAGCGGUAGCAGCUGAGGAAGGCAAAGAGUUGGGCGAGACCGAGGUAGGAGCUGAGGAAGGCCAAGACACGACAGUCAGUUUGAGUGAAGGGAGUGAGGCAGAAAGAGAGGCCAUGGAGGAGAAGCCCAAACAUCGCCAUGAAGCGGGGCAUAUGGAGGAGGCGGCUAUGGGUGUGGAGGAAGCAGGAGAGCAGGGUCAAGAUGAAGAGGGGCAAAGAGAGCUGGAGAAAGAGGAGGAGGCUGUGGGAGGAGAGGAGACCCAGGGAGAAACUGGGAAGGACCCAGAGUCUGGGGUCCAGGAACCCCAAGUGGCUGAGGAGAGCUGGGAAAUGAUAAAUAAACACGAGGCUGAGGGAAGUGGAGAAGAUGAUGGUAAAGGACAGAGGGGAGCUGGGGGUCAGGAGGCAAGAGAAGACCACGGAGAUGGUGAUGCCAACAGAGUCACAGCAGCAGCAGCUAGAGGAGAUGCAGGGGCGGCCAGCAAGGAACGGGAGUGUGGGGACGGAGAGACUGAAGGCGACCCAAAGGCCAGCGGCGACAGCUUCGGAGAGAGCUCCCUCUCUGAAGGGUCAGGUGAAGAGUCCCUGGAGGUUAACAGUAUCAAAGGGGACAAUGCCCAGUCUGCUGACGGGGAACCUGCAAGCCUACAGCCACCCAGGCCAGAGGAGAUGGCGCCUGAGGGGCAGUUGAGCCCAGAGGGCUGCGACCUGUGUCCCUGUCCCCCUGGCUUAGUGGGCAGUGUGGGUAUGCGCCUGGCUUCCACCCUGGUUCAGGUCCAACAGGUCCGCUCGGUGCCCGUGGUACCCCCCAAACCACAGUUUGCCAAGGUGCCCAGUCCACUGUGUAGCAAGAUCCAUGUGGCACCUGCAAAUCCAUGUCCUAGGCCUGGCCGGCUUGAUGGGACUCCUGGGGAGAGGGCUUGGGGGUCCCGAGCCUCCCGCUCCUCCUGGAGGAAUGGGGGCAGUCUUUCCUUUGAUGCUGCUGUGGCCCUGGCCCGGGAACGUCAGAGGACUGAGGCUCAGGGAGUUCGGCGGACCCAGACCUGUACUGGAGGUGGGGAUUACAGUUUCAACCCCAGAACCACUCCUCCCUGUAGCUUGACCCCUGCCCAUUCUCUUCGGCCACUUAGCUGCCUGGAGUGCCCAUCUGAAGGUACAGAUGGAUCUGGACCCCGGAGUCGGCUUAGUCUGCCCCCCAAAGAAGUUCAGCCCCUUGACCCCCUUAUGCACCCCCAGCGCCGAUCAUAUGCCUUUGAAACACAGGCUAACCAAGGGAAACGUGAGGAACCGAUUGGGGCCAGAACAUUCUGCAAAGGGGACCAGUCAGCUGUUUUGAAUCUUUAGGGCCCCAUGGUCAGCUGUAGGGGCUAAUUCUACCGCCUUUGGCCUUCUGCUUCUCUUUUUGACCUGGGGGAGGCCACAGGUUGGCUUGUUUACUUGAGCUUGUCUGAAACAGAAAGCACUUAGCCAGUAUGAGAUUCCUAAGAAAGUUGCCGAGAUCCUGUUCCCAAGGAGUGGUUACUGGUUAAAAGGAACAUGGGUAGGCAGAAAACUUGAGGGUUUUCAAAGUGAAAAAAGCAGAGGGGGAAUUCCAGCCAAGUUCCUGCUCUUCUCUGAGGCUGUGAACCUUCAGGGAAGCCUAAGGUGAAGUGGGGAGGACAAGACCAAGUCAGGGCUUACCACACACAGCCACUUCUGUAUUCCCACCACUGUUCUGUUCUGGGGCCCUUGAAUCCUUCGUGGCCGUCUGGGAUGAAGGCGGAAGUUCUCCAAAGGCUUGUGUUUGUUGGGAGGUCUGACCCUCUUUCCACUCGGCCAUCUGUCUCUUGUCACCUUAAAGGGUCCCCUACAGUUCUCUCUGAGCUCUCCCUUUCCCUUUGGAUUAAUUUCCUCCAGUUUUAGGAAAGGGGAAUGGGGCCAUUCAGGCUGUAGGCCUGCUUUUCCAGACUGACUGAGCCAGAAAUUCUGCUUCAGGAAGGGGAGAUAUCUCAGAAUAAAAGUUGUAUUUUUACAUGUAAA